AAGAAUCAAAUAGUGACGUUGGCCUUAUUCAUGAGACAGAAAUGGCAAAAUGAUCUUCUUCAUUGGAACGAAAGUGAAUAUGGUGACCUAAAAGAGAUUAACAUUGCCAAAGAUAAGUUGUGGGUUCCAGAUAUCUAUAUUUACAACCACGCCGAGGGAGGCUCGAAAAGUGCUUUGGAUCAAUGGAAGACUCCAGUUACAAUCAAUAGUAGCGGUCAUUGCUCAUGGCUGGCUCCAGGUGUUGUGAAAACUUCGUGUAAGCUGAACGUGCGCUACUUUCCUUUUGAUGAGCAGAAAUGUAAGAUCAAGUUUGGAUCAUGGACAUACAAUGGUGAACAGUUAGACGUCCAUUCUGAUCACAACAACAGCCAGGGGGAUACCACAAAGUUUCUGGAAAGCGGAGAAUGGGAUCUGACCGAGUUCUCGGUCAAGAGGAAUGUCGAAAAAUACGCUUGUUGUCCCGAAGCUUAUCCUGAUGUUACGUUUACUUUACUCAUCAAAAGAAGAACUCGCUAUUACUAUAUCAAUAUGUUGUUUCCAAAUAUGUUUAUUACAGCUCUAACUCUUGUGGCGUUUCUCCUUCCACCUGAUUGCGGGGAAAGAAUCUCAUUGAUCAUCACCAAUUUCCUGGCAAUGGUUGUCUUUCUUCUCCUCGUUGCCGAGAUCCUGCCGCCCAAUUCCGAAGUGACGCCGAUGAUUAGUAUCUACUGCGCAGGUCUCAUGUGUGAGGUUGGUCUAGCGCUGGUUGCUUCGUGUUUUGUUCUGCGGUUGUACUGCCGUCACUCGGGAUACGACAAGAUGCCAUCUUGGAUUCAAACCAUCGUGCUGACGUGGCUGGCAAAAUUGACGUUCACCACUUCAGAUGUGAGAAAAGUGAAGCAGGAUACUGAGCAAAAGGCGGCUAAAUUUUUGGAGCUUUUUAAGACACGAAAAAGAUCUGGUUCACGCAAUAAAGCUCGCGAUGGACAGUUGAUGGAGUCCGUGUAUCUCCUGGCUCCUGAAUGGGAUUCUUCUUAUGAUCUUGACACAGAUGAAGUUGGUGCGGAUGAUGUGUUUACCACAGAUCAUGAAAGUCGUAAAGGAUCAGGCGAGCCAUGGUCAACACACAAGUCAACAAACAGUUGUACACACAAGAAAUCAAGCGCUGACUCUGGACCUCAGGAUCCACCUCGAAGCAAUAAUCAGUUGAUAGUCCAGAACAACAAAGAUUGCAUUUGCAGGACACUUGUGGAUAAGCUUGAACAUCGUCAAAAGAACCUCGUGGAGCACGUGAGCAACAUGACGAGCAUGCUCACAGACCAGGAGAUAAACACGGAAAAGAAAAAGGAAUGGCAGCUUGCCUCCCGCAUUUUAGACCGAAGUUUUUUGGUAUUUUUUGUCAUCGGAUUAAUUGUCUCUAGUCUGGCGAUCUUCCUGCAAAUACCACAUGCUUAAUAGCGAGUUAGCGGCGUAUUAUAUAGGAUUGAGCACUGAUAUCAAAAUGAUAACUGGAUAGGUAUCUUACUAAAUUAGUGGCGACUUGGGGAAUCGCUAGCUGAUUAAACUAACGGUAUACUUUAAUGUAAAUAUGUUUUCUAAACAAAGUAAGGAAUAGGGUGUCUUAGAUGUAUAGUUGAAGGAGGUGUUUAUCAUAAAAGACACUCAUUUUAUCUGAAUUUAACCCUCCCUCUUUUAAACCUUGGCCUUACCAUAGCCAUCCCUUGCCGAAAAUAUUAGUCGUUACCCUAUAAAUAGUGACUCAAGCUAAGAUGUGGCCCGGUCUCAGUUUGAUAAACCCAAUUAUACUGUGAUUGAUCGAUAUUGUCUUGUUGAAAUAAUCAAUAAAACGAGUGAUUGAUACUCAUAUCAUUGUGCAAUAACAUGCUAUACUUCAUACUCUUUAGUUGCUUAUCAUUGAGCUGUUUCAACCCGGCAUUUCUUUCCGGCAGACUUUGUUUCCCGAGGCAAAGACAUGCUGUUUAUAUACCCGCAGGGUGUUCUGAUGUUUCUUUCUUGCGCCUUGUUCAGUUUACCGGCCGCAAAUUUUUCUAAAGGCUAACCGGAUUUCACGCAAGGUAUAAUUGAUCAUUGUUCUGAUUACGGCGACGUUUCAGAGGCCGAGAUAUCGACUGUCUUACAGUUUGCGAAAAAUUUAACCGAAAUUCCAAAACGAACGCUCCAUCGUCUCUUGGGAAUACAUUUAGAAAAGCUAUUUGAAAAAAUAUUUUUGGUGUUUAGCGGUUUUAUGAGGCAUUAAAGUGAUACAUGUAUCAUGUACAUGCAAAAAGUAUUGUUAUUCUUUCGCAUAAAGAUCAUAAAGGCUUCCUGCCAAGCUAAUUACAAUCAGAUUAUAUCUUAGAGGAACUGGUGAUCCUUGUUGUUUUACAUUGAUGAACAACACUUCGAGGUCUUGAAACAUUUCCAGAGUCAUUCAAGUUCAGGACGAUGUUUUCAUGGGAUUUUUGAACAUGUUUUUCUUUUCAUUGGCAGUGUUUUU